UUCCAUCGGCGCCAUUUUGGAUUUACCGCCAUGUUGCCUGGACGGGUCCUGUUGUUGCUUCUGCUAAUAAGUUGUGCUUAUGGACAUAGAAUUAAAAAACAAGAAAAGAAGCAGCCUAACGUCGGCAUCAUAGGUGGCCACAAGAUCUCCAUCGAGUCGGUGCCGUACCUAGCAUCACUGCGGCUGAACGGCACCUUCCACUGGUGUGGCGGGUCCAUCAUACACGAGCGGUUCAUCCUCACUGCAGCUCAUUGUAUUGUGCCGAACAGAGAGUUCAAAGUCCUGGUUGGCACAGACAAGGUUGAUGAAGGGGGAAAAUUGUAUGAUGUGGAAAAAAUUAUAAUACACGAAAAGUAUUCGAAUGUGACCGAGGACUAUGACAUUUGCAUAUUAAAAUUGAAUGAAAGCUUGACUUUUGGACCGAAAGUAAAUAAGGUUGCAUUGACUGGGAAUAUCGUGAAGCUGAAGAAAGGAUUGUCGCUGAAUGCUACUGGAUGGGGGUACACGCAGCCCGAAGGCAAGAUAUCAGAGAAUCUGCAGCAGGCUUCAGUACCAGUAGUACCGUGGCUGAGUUGUCAGCUGUCGUACGGUAAGAUGAGACGUAUCACCAGGAGGAUGCUGUGUGCUGGUGGACGAGGCACGGAUUCUUGCUCGGGCGACAGCGGUGGUCCAUUAACUUGGAAUGAUGUGCAAGUUGGAAUCACCUCCUUCGGAGCUGGUUGCGGUGUCGUACCAGGAGUCUACACCAAGAUCUCCGUGAUGCAGCAGUGGAUCAAGGACACGGUUGAAAGUAAUCACAAAGAGAAGAAUAUUAAGAAGGAAAAGAAGCUUAAGAAAAGACUUUUAAAACGCGCUCAGAAGUGAUUUUCGAAUUUAAUGAGAGUCAAUAAAGUUUACUUUAUAUUGUACAAA